AUGCCACUUUUUUGUGAUCGUGUCAAGCGGUUUUUGUAUUUUCAGGUUAGAAUUUUCUUUUUUUUCCAAACUGCAUUAUUUUCUUUGUUUCAGAUUUUGUUAGUUUCCACAUGUCUCGUUUAUAUUGUCAUUUUCGAUAAAUUGUUAGAAAUAUCUGGAAAAUUUGGAAAAAGUUUGGAAGAAAAACGACAGACUCAUUUAUUUGACAAUGCUUGUAAAUUUGUAUGGACAGAACCGUUGGAUUCGACAUUGCGGGUAUUAUUUUGAUUUUUCUCAUUUAUUUAUGUGUAUCAAUUAGUUCUUGAUUAUUAUUAUUAUUUGUAUAGUGUGUCUAGUCUAGAGCAAAAAUCAAACAACCAAAAAAAAGAUAAGGACCACUUUCAAAAACCAGGACCAUGUGAUGUAAAGUAAACAUAACACUUUUGUUGUAGAAAUAUACAAAAUUCCCGGGAUUGCCAAAAUGUGAACGAAUAAAUGUGGAACUUUUCAAGAGAUAUUCAGCAACUGGGGAAUUUACUUUUAUCUCUCAAAAGUAUGCGAAUUCAACAGAUUGUGAGAUUCAAGAAAUUGAAGGAGCAUUGAAACCAAAUCCACAGGUUUUUAUAAAUUCAAGAAACGAAAAGGUAACUUUCCACUAAAGUUUCCGAAUUCUCUUUUGAUUUUCCAGUUCAUACCAAAGCUUGGCGAGCUUUUCUGGAUCAAUGCCAAUAAUUUUAUGAUCUCUUGUUUUCAUCAAAAUAUUCUUAUCUUUCAAAAACCAUAUAUGGGGUUGAAGUUGGAAAAAUCGGAGAAAUUAUACAUCACUGGACCCAUCACAAAAUUUUUGAAAAAAACGCAAAAGUUUUCGGUAUCGAUGUUAGUUUUUGAUUCAACAUCAAGAGCUCAAUUUGAAAGACAUAUGAAAAAUAGUCUGAACUUGAUAAAAGGGCUUGGUGGAGUGGUAUUUGAAGCAUACAAUAAGGUUUGAUCUAUGUACAUUUUAUGAAAAAAAGUUUUGUAAAAUAACUGAACCUAGGUUGGUGACAAUAGUGCCAUUAACAUGCUACCGAUUCUAGCGGAACAACUCGAAGAAACAGCGGAAUCAAAAAUUCUUGAUACUUCAGGAGAUAUAAAUAUUUACAAAAUGUUGCCAAGCAAUAUAAAAUUGGAUCCAGAAAAAAUCAAAUGGAUUUGGAAACAAUUAGAUUCAGAUUAUAUAACAAUGUUGAAUGAUGAUAUAAUGCAUACACAUCGCGGUUUAUUUCAUUAUCCUUCAAAUAAUUUUGAUAAAGGAUUCUCACAAAAUCCAACAACUUUUUAUUAUCGACCAUUUUAUGUCAACUUGUAUAUUUAUUUGAAUAAUUUUUGGAGAAAAUGUUUGGAUGGAAGUUUAUUGACUGAAGAAUUUUUGGAUUCGUGGUUUAGAUUUGAACGAAUUUUCGGAAAUCGUCCACAUUUUUCUCUAUCGUUUUUAGCAUCUCUGACUCACGAUGAUCCAAAUAAUCUCAAUUUUAUGGAUAAUAUUUUGCACGAACGUUUACAGUAUCUCAAUGUGAGUUUUUUUAGUGUAGGAAUUGAAUUGUCAUAAAACUUGAUUUUCAGGAAAGCAAACGACUUGAAAACACAUUUCUGAUAAUUAUGGGAGAUCACGGAAAUCGAGUUCACCCUCUGAAUCGAUAUACGUUUGCUGGGAAAAUAGGUAAUGUUUUUUAAUCUGCGUAAAUCUCAACGCUCUCACUUCCAAAAAUGCUCCUGAACUUGUUUUUUUUCAGAAGAAAGAGCACCAUUUUUGUCAAUAAUACCACCGAUAAAAUGGCAAUUUGAAAAAAAAGAAAAAUAUUAUAACUUGCAAUCGAACUCAAAAAGAUUUAUAUCAAAUUAUGAUCUUCGAGAAACUAUUCUUGAUAUCUUGAAUAUUCCAUCAAACAGUAAAAGAGGUUAGUAAAUUCCUCUUUUUUCCAUUUCAAACAUUUCUAUACAUAACAGGAACUUCUCUGUUCGGUUUACAAAAUCGUCAUAAAACUUGUCAAUCGAAUAAUGUAAUAAGUAAUCAUUGUCUUUGUAUGAUUGAUGGAAGCGAUGAAUUAGAAGGUAUUCCACCAAAUAAUUUGAGAUAUGAAACAGUUUUGAAAAAUUGGUUGGAAAAUGAGAAACUUGGAACAUGUUUCAAUUUGGAUGAAAUAAAAUGUGAUAUGGAAACAAUACAAUAUUUGAUGCCAAAUAAUUAUGUGCAAGUUUGGGCGAGGACAAAAAUAAGUGAAAAAGAAGUUAUGAGGAGGAAAAAAGGAAAGAAAACUGCUGUAAGUAAUAUUUUUCAUGUAUAAAAUUGAAGUUCUAAUUUUCAGGUAAUCUACAGUCAAAUGAAUUGUUGGAUUUCUUCUGAAAUAAUUCUAGAAACACAAUUUCGAAUACAUCAAGGAUCAGCAAAUAUAAAAAUAGUUUAUCCACCAAAAGUUCAUGUUCCAAAUCACAUAAAACUUCUGAAAAUUAACAAUUGCCAAUAUUUCACGUAUCCAAAAGAUUACUGUAAUUGUAUUAAGUAG